CAGUGCACGUUACUGCGUUGGCCGCUCCCCUCCCUGCUCGCCGUGGUUCCGUCUGCCCCUGACACAUUGGGAUGCAGAUCUGCAGCAGGUCGCAGUGACCGGUCUGCAGAGAGAGCCGGCUGCGUGCGGAACCGGAAUCUUCAUGACGCGCUGUGUCUCCCAGCAGCAUCCGUCUCGCUCCAUGCCGCCGCUGCUGUGAUUUGUCUCCUCGGUCAUCGGUGCCCUCCCCCCUCCGCGGAAUCCUCUUCUCCGGCUGUCCAGGAUGCCAGACCCAAGCCUAGCGAUGUUGUCCCCCCAGGAGGCGGCCAAGAUCUACCAUGCCAAUUACAUCCGCAACUCCCGGGCCAUCGGGGUGCUGUGGGCGAUCUUUACCAUCUGCUUCGCCAUCGUCAACAUUGUGUGCUUCAUCCAGCCCUACUGGAUAGGGGACGGAGUGGACACUCCUCAGGCCGGCUAUUUCGGACUCUUCCACUAUUGUAUCGGGAGCGGCUUCUCCAAAGAGCUGACAUGCACCGGCAGCUUCACGGAUUUCUCCACCAUUCCCUCCGGAGCCUUCAAAGCCGCCUCCUUCUUCAUCGGCCUGUCCAUGACGCUGAUCAUCGCCUGCAUCGUGUCCUUCGUUCUGUUCUUCUUCUGUAAUACCGCCACCGUCUAUAAGAUCUGCGCCUGGAUGCAGCUCUCCUCAGCUGCUUGCCUUGUACUUGGCUGUAUGAUAUUUCCUGAUGGUUGGGAUGCAGACGAAGUCAGGCGCAUGUGUGGUGAAAAAACUGACAAGUAUUCACUUGGUGCAUGUUCAGUGCGCUGGGCAUACAUCUUGGCAAUCAUUGGAAUUUUGGAUGCUCUCAUCUUAUCUUUUCUGGCCUUUGUGCUAGGUAACAGAUUGGACACGUUAAUGGCUGAACAGCUCAAACUUGAAACAAAAGAUGAUGGAAAUGCCUAAAAUUUCUGAGUUCUGCUGAGCUAAUAUGUCCAUUGAGAAGCACAAGUGAAAACCCAUGGAAAUAAUUAUGUACAUUAUUAUUAUGAAAGAAGAAAAUUCAGUGUACAAGGAUGUUUCAGAAGUUACUGUUCCAAAAUAGAAGUUAAAGAAUAUUCUUCUCUGUAUGUUGUUCUACAUUUUCGAGUAACUCCUAAUUAUCCUGAUAUAUAACUGUGACUACAUAACAGUGACUAGGCAGUAUGCAUCAUACAUGUCAUCCAUGAGUAACAAGUCCUACAAUGUUAGUAGUCAAAAAGUUUACAGAUUCUCAGAUUGUAGAUAUCCUACUAGAACUCUUACAUGGAACUGUUGCCCAUCUGCUGUCAAUAAUAAUAGUAGGGCAGAUUUUAUAUACAGGUGAACAGCUGUUAUGGAAUGUCGUGAUGGACACAAGUCUUGGUUGGCAGAUAUUUUUUUACUUAUUAGAAGAAUGACGUUAUGGCCCUCAUUUACUAUUGCAAACCCAACAUGUUUUGUCAGGUUGUGCACCAGAUUCUGGCGCAUUGCGCUAGAUAUUCUGUCUUCACCAGAUUUUGGGCCCGAAAUUCUGUCUGCGCCAGAUUUUGCGCCAGAAUUUGUGCCAGAAUUAAAAAACCCCAACUAACUCUCCAUUUUGCUAAGAAAACCGCAAAAAAAGUGGGCCUGGCUGUUGGGAAAAGGGGGUGCGGUCACCAAAACGGGGCAUGUUCCCGAAAUUUUCACAAAAAAAAACCCAACAUAUUUACUAAGGUUUCCACAGAAAAUGUGGUGGAUUUGAGCUGAGGAAAACCAGACAGAUCAGAGCAUGUGUAAAAAAGGCAAAAUGUAGGGAAAGUGGAAAACGUAGGGAAACCUUAGUAAAUACCGUAAAUUGUAGGGAAUUAAAACCCACAAAGAAACCUACACUCCAUUCUUAGUAAAUAAGGGCCAAUUUGUAAAUGAAAUCAUGUUUGCACAGAAUAUACCACAUAAUGCUAAGAAAUAGAUCAGUACACACAAUUUUACCAUGAUUGUUUAUUCAGCAACCAGUUAGCCUCAUUACUGUUCUUACAGAGGAACCAUACAUAGAAUCAUGUAACGCUGUGUACUGCCACAUAAAUAAGAUCACUGUACACUCUAGAUAUUUUAGCAGACCAUAAAGCAUGCGUCAUGAAUUUUAUUUAUGCACCUAGAGUAAAAUAUACCCCCUGUGAUCACAAAGGCAAUUUAUUACUUCAGCCAAAAAUCUAUUGUUUUUAUUACUCAACAGUGGAAAAAAUGUAGACAACAUAUUUUACCAAGUGGGUAGCUUUUCACUUAUGGAACCUGUGUCCUUAAUGAAUACGUAGUCAUUGACUAUUGAUUUAAUGUUUCUGUUCUAAAGGAAACUUGCCUUGUUAUCAACCAAUGAACAACUUGCAUUAUGUGUUAGAGCAUUAGUUGUGCGGUACCUUGAAUGUUACUCUAGUCUAAAUGUGAAGACAUGGAUUAUCAAAAUUAAGCAAGAGAAAUAUAUAUUAAACCACAGCCACUAUGAUUGUUACAUGUAAGUAUUAACCAAUGAAUUCUAAACAGAUUUAUGGGUUGUGUUCAUUACUUCUUUAUCUCUUUCCAUACAAACACACACAGAUAGACAUAUAUAUAUAUAUAUAUAUAUAUAUAUAUGUCUAUUAUUUUAUUUUUUUUCUGAGAGGGAGAGGGGGGGCAUUUUAUCAUUGAAAUAUACAAAUAUACAUGUCUCAAAUCAUUUAUCAUGUAAGGAGUUACCAAUUCUACUUUUUGUACACUUUACAGACACAUAGAAAAAUGGUUGAUUUAAUUAUUGAAAACCUUACAUUUGUUGGACUCUUCUUUAAGGAGCCUUGAUUGUAUAUGGUGAUGUUCUGUGUUCUUAGAUGCUCAAGAUAGUUAUGUAAAUAGUUUAUAACAAAGAGGUAACGUUUGUACUGUUUCAAUUGCCUGUAAAUUGUCAUACUCAUUGAAUAGUGAUGCUAUCACUUUGGUUUCACUUUGGAUGGUUUGAAUCUGGAGUUCAUGAGUGGAACAUUUAUCUUGUUUUUUUUUUUUGUUUUUGUUUUUCUUGUUUUAUCAUAUAAAGCAGGGGUAAAAUAUUUCAACUAAUAUUAUGCAGGACUAAGAUGUUAGAAGGGGAAUAUGCCCAUGGACUACAUGGAGACUUAAAGGGGUACUCCGGUGGAAAAAAAAGGUUUUCAAAUCAACUGGUACCGGAAAGUUAAAGAGAUUUGUAAAUGACUUCUAUUAAAAAAUCUUAACCCUUCUAGUACUUAUCAACUGCUGUAUACUACAGAUAUACUUCCAAGAAAUGUUGAAGUUAUUUCCAGUCUGACCACAUUGCUCUCUGCUGACACCUCUGUCUGUGUCAGGAACUGUCCAGAGCAGGAAAGGUUUUCUAUGGGGAUUUACUUCUAACCUGGACAGUUCUUGACACGGACAGAGGUGUCAGCCGAAAGCACUGUUGUCAGACUGGAAACAACUUCACUAAUUUCUCAUUAGUAUACAUCACAUGAUAAGUACUGGAAGCCUUCAGAUCUUGAAAUAGAAGUCAUUUACAAAUCUGUCUAACUUUCUGGCACCAGGUGAUUUGAAAACAUUUUUCCACUUGUUUCCAUUUAACUUGCACACCACAUGUGCCAAAGUAGCAUUUGUAUGCUAUAAAUAUUAUUCCCUAAAUGAAUACUACUAAUACAUGUUGAAAAAGUCUACAAUAGUUACAAAUUAUAAAUAAUGCAAAGUUUUAAAACAGUCCUAAAGUCACAAAUGAAGUAUUUAUAUUUUUAUAACUAAAACCUUUGGAAUAUAUCUUGUCAUGCAUACAGAUUGACCAUGUUAUAUGCAAGAAUUAAAGGGGUACCCCGCCCCUAGACAUCUUAUCCCCUAUCGAAAGGAUAGGGGAUAAGAUGUCAGAU